AAACACUAAACAGUCCCCUCUUAACUUGAAAAGUUUUAUUUAGGAUAAGAUAUGAGUGGCGGCGUGACCCAAAGGUUAGUCGAAUAACAUCUUCCAUUAAAGAACGUUUUUAGUUUAGAGGAUGAUGACAUCGGCGCCUGUUAAACGUUGCAAACGCAAUCACUUUUGGCAAGAUACGCUGCUAGGAUGUAUUGUUGGAAUUUUUUUUAUCGGUUCAAGUGUUGCCGGAGUUGUUGAUAAUAUGCAAUAUAUCACAUCAAAGAUAAUAAAUUAUCGUAACGCAAGUUAUACUCCAUGCGACAAUAUCUACGCAUAUGCAUGCGGUAAUCACUCAAAAGCGAAUAUAACUCCGUUCUUCAUAUUAGAGCAAUCUCUAGUCGCCGACGACAUUAACAACCUGAUCCAAAAUGGCAGCAGUUAUAAAGAGUUAAAGCCUGUAAAACUAAUAGACGAUUUAUACAAAACAUGCAUGAACGACAAUGCCGUGGGACAGGAAGUUUUGGCGCUACUGGACCGAAUUCUAAAAAAAUUGGGCAACUGGCCGGUAUUUGAAGACGGCGGUUGGAAAGAAUCCGACUUUGAUUGGAUUGAUUUCACAAUUGGGUCCAAGAAACUGGGACUAGAUAUCAAUUAUUUUCUGGACUUGAAACCUUGGCGAGUGAUGGAGUCCAAUAAGACUGUCGUUAGAUAUAUGAUAGACAUUGCACUAGCAGAGUUUGAAUCCGUUUCAGAUCCUUUGGUAGAAGCUUAUGCGAAGUAUAUCCAAAGCGUGUUUGCCUUGUUGAAGAACAUGAAAAACUCUUCGAGGGAAAUCAACGAGAUAAUCGAAUUCGAACGCGAAGUAUCAAAGAUAAACCGCUACAACUUCAAGGAAGACUACUUUGAAAAGCUGACUCUUGAAGACCUAGUUAAAAAAUGGCCGACGAUAAACUGGAAUGAGCUGAUCAGUAACAUAAUCCUUCGAAACCUAAAAACUCCAGUUAAUAUCUCCGAAAUUUCUCUUUGGUCCAGUCAAGCAGUCUCUGACUUUAUCGAACUAGUGCUGAAGACUCCCAACCACGUGAAGGCAAACUACGCUGUGUGGAAGAUCAUCCAGAAGACAAUUCCCCAUCUGACAGAGAAGUAUCGCGUGCUACACCGGGAGUACUGCUUGGUUCAAAAAUGCGAGAACACGACACGCGCGCUCUCUUGCGUAGGCGUCGUCAAACGACAUCUUGCUCCCGCUGUGAACUUUCUGUACGCCAAAAAUUACUAUAACAAUGAAAGUGAAGCGCUUGUGAAUGAUAUUAUCAGAAAUACGAAAGAAGAACUCAUCAGGAUGAUCAGCGAGUCUUGGAUGUCGCAAGAAGACAAGCAGAAGAAUAUUGAGAUUGUUAGAAACAAAGAGUUUGUCAUUGGAAUCAAGGGCAAGGGUGAUGAUAACUGGGUGAAGUUUUAUGAAAAUUUGGAAAUUGAUACUUCCAAUUACUUGCAGGCUUUGUUAGACUUGAAGCUUUUUGCUAUUGAGAACAGGUUCAAUGAGACGGAUUUCGAUGAUGAAGCCAAGAAAUUGUUUGAGGGAUUCCUACCAAGCCGCUUGUAUGGGAAGAUAUACUUACCAUGGUCAAACAUAAGAAAGCCAUUUUUUGACGUAAGCUAUCCAUUGUACGUGAAUUACGCUCACAUCGGGUCCCACAUCGCCUACGAACUUAUCAAAAGCAUCGACAAUUUAGAAAACUUCACUCAAAACGUUGAAAAUGAAAAAGCUAUGUGUUUCCGUAACCAAUGGUCUGUUAUUGAGAAUUUCAACAUCAACGAUAAUACUUCUGCACCGAAAAUUUUUAUGGCUCUAAACGCACAAAUUAGUGCGCAGAUGUCCAUGAAGAUAGCGUACCAAACUUACCGACGCGUCACCCAGAAUCUGACGGAGGAAGUGCCACCUCAGCUGAAUUACACAAGCCACCAAUUAUUCUGGAUAAACUUAGUUCAGACCGUCUGUCAGGAUAGCCCACGACCUCAACCGAAAACAAUCGACCACAAGUACACGAGCUUUGAGUAUUUUUUUGCAAAAGCUGCAACGGGUUCUCCGGAAAUUUACGACGACUUCAAUUGUGCGGAUGAAUCGUUCGCUAAAAAUUACGGAGCUUCUUGCAGUUAUUUGUGAUGAUUUCUGUUUAAAUUGGUGUAGGAAAUAAUUGAUAUUUAUGCAAGAUAAUUAUAAUUAUUUGGAUGAUAAUAAAUUUUCACAUUUAUGAAUA